AUGACUAUGAAUACUGGAGGGUUUGCCUCCAUGCAGAGGCAACUCGAAGCAGAAUUGCGUUCGUUAUCAUCCGAAUCGAAAAGAAGAAAUUCAUCUAUUCGCCAUGCAAGUGAUAAAUCCAUCGAGAUCUUGAAAAGAGUACAUAAUUUCGGAGAGUUAGAAAGACAUCCUGAUUUUGUGCUUCCUUUUGUAUUGGCUUGUCAAUCAAGGAAUGCCAAAAUGACAACUCUAGCCAUGCAAUGUCUGCAAGGACUGUCAACUGUUCCAUCAAUUCCAAGAAGUCGAUUGUCUGAAAUACUAGAUGCCUUCAUCGAGGCUACACAUCUCGCCAUGGAAAUUCAGUUAAAAGUCUUACAGGUGGUUCCCAUUUUUUUCAAAACAUACGGGAAGUUCAUAUAUGGUCCUCUUUGUAAGAAAUUGUUGUUGUGUUGCUCAAAUUUGCUACAUGUACCCAAUAAGGCACCUGUGGUUGUGGGAACUGCAAGCGCCACUUUACAACAGUUGAUCGAUGAAAUAUUUGAUAGACUUUCCAUCGGCUCUGUUGAGGAUGAUAAGCAAUUUGAAGUGCUUAUAAGCAAUAAUGAAACAACCAAAGUCAAUGUUUACAGAUAUGAUGCUAACAAGUUAUUCGAUAAUAUCUGUUCAUUGAAUGAAAUAAACACAAACGGGUCGAUUAAUGAUGAAGAUAUGCUUUUAGACAUUGGGGAUAUCCCUAUAGAUUAUGGUUUAGAAAUCCUUGAAUCUAUCUUGAAGAAUAGUCAGAAAAAUCUAUUAGAAUGCGAAGACUUACAAUAUCUACUGAGGGUCAAAGCAAUUCCAUUACUUCUCCGCUGUAUCUCUUCUUCCAAGCAUUUCUCUACCGCUGUAAGGAGUUGUCGCUGUUUGAAGUUGUUGAUAAGAAAGGAAUACCUAAGUAUGCUCGAGUUAGAAUUAGAAGUCAUUUUGUCGCUGCUAAUUCACGGUAUAUCUGUAGAAUCUAAUUUAAGUGGAUGGCAAAGAGUACUAUCAUUGGAACUUUUCAAGGAUUUAUCACAAGAUCCUGAGAUCGUCAACACGCUCUAUAUGGACUAUGACAAUUAUCCGGAUAAGAAACACGUUUUCAAAUAUCUUUUAAAAGAAUGUAUUGACCUACUGAAUUCACCAGAGUACAUCACUUUCUUGGCUCCAUCAGUAGUAGUGGAAAAAAUGGACUCUCCCUUGAUAACUACUGAGAACUCUGUAGUUAAGACGAGGUUCAUGCAUUUAUUAGACAAAUCAUCCGCUCCAUCUAUCAAUAUUACCUACAUUAUAUCAUUGGUACUGACUAUUAGCAAUCACUUAUGCGAAGGGUUGAGCAAAUCGGCUCUAGAGAGCUCUCCACUAGAAAGGACAGAUGAAGACAAGCAACGUGAAGAAGGGUCUGGCAAUGGUUCAUCAGUCGUAAAGGUUUACAGUGGUCUAUUUUCUGGACUAUUUGAGAUAAAUAAGCUGUUCUUAUAUUCGACCUCUUUAGAGACAUCGAUAUUUCACUUAGUAGUGAGGGCUUUUCAAAAGCUAGCUCAUAGUGCCGGGGUUUUGUCGUUAGAUGACAAAUUAAGAGCAUGCAUGAAGUUAUUUUCGAUUCUAAUAACGAAUAAUGCUUCAUUGACCCAAUUUUCUGUAAACGACCUGAGUGAUACAACUAAAGAUCAAAAUGUAAAAACCAUAUCGGCACCCAAAGUCGCCAACAGUCCCGUUGAAACGACAAAAGAUUCUACUAGAGCGAUUUCUGUCGCCAUGAAAAACAAAGAAAUAAAAAGGCGAUUACAUCCUAGAAAUGUAAACUCAAGGCAAGUUAGUUUACUUCGGGCAUUGGUAUCAUUAUCGAUAUCACUAGGCCCUAUCUUCGAUUCAGAAAGCUGGAAAUACACAUUCUUAACCUGGCAAUGGAUCUCAUACUACAUAUAUGGUCCAUCAGCUGACUUCAAAGAAAGUUUUUACUCUGAGGAUAUUCCGCCACCUCCAAUACUGACUAAAUCAGACGUAACAUCGAUUGAAAGCUCCUUAACAAAGUUUUUUGAAAGCACGAGCAGCUAUUCCUGUUCAACCUUUCAUCUAUUAUUGACCAGAUUGAUUUUGGACUCAAAGAAUACCCUGACUUUAGAACAAACCAAUCUUAACCAUGCCAAUGGCAUUGGUUAUCAUCCCUUAGAUGAAAACGAUGAAAUUAUACCAUGUAUUUAUAACAAGGCCUUUUUUGUUAACAAAAUCGGUGAACUAGCGACGUACAACUGCAAAAAAUUCAUUUCUGGGAAAAACGGUAAAGAACUUUGGAGUUUAAUUUCUACGUAUAUGAUCAAAUUAAUAUCAAAUCGUGAAAUGGAGAAUGAUUCAUUACGUUUAUACAGUGUGAGAGUUUUUACAGAUAUCAUCAAAAAGGCCAUUAGUGAGGUUGGUAACUCUGAUGAACAAGAGGAUAAGAUCAAACAGUUUGGUACACUGGAAAACCUAAUCAUUGAUAGUUUGAUGGCAACGAUAAACUCAAUAAAACAACUGGAUAUCGGUAAACAAGAAAUAUACAACGGGACAAUUAACGUUGAAUCCGAUAUUCUUUUUCAACUGCUGCUAACUUUAAAGGAGAUACUAAACGAAUUCGGUGAAUUGCUGAUGAACUCUUGGACAAAUAUUUUCAACAUCAUUAAUUCACCCUUCGAGUGGACAGUAGAGGAUAUUGAUUUAUCUGUGAAUGAGGAUAUAGAUGAUUCAUCUUUAUUUGAGGGUAUUGUUCAAAAGCAUAAGAACAUGAUUCAAGUAUCAUACGAUGUUUUUAAAUUAAUAUCUGACGAUUUUCUACAGACUUUACCAAUGAGUGUCAUUAAGUGUGUUAUUGACACGCUUGUCAACUUUGUAACUCAAAACCGAAACCUUAAUAUCUCCUUCUCUUCUAUCAGCCAAUUCUGGUUAGUUGGAGAUUAUCUCAGAGUCCGCUUCAAUCCUGAAACAUUGGAUUUAAACGAUGAAAAGAGUAAAUGUUUCUCAGAAAAGAUCAUUAAUCAAAAACUAAUUGAAAUCAUUACAUCUGGUUCAUCUCAUAAUUGGGAACUUUACAAUGGAUUAUGGAUAUACCUUUUGAAGAACUUAAUCAAUUGUACUAAUGAUGAAAGAAUAGAAGUUAAAAAUGGUGCUGUUCAGACUUUUUUUAGAAUCAUUGACUCCCAUUCUGUUUGUUUUCCCCCAUGGGACUUGAUAUUUUUGGAAGUUAUUGAACCACUGCUUACAAAAGAAUGGUCCAAUGAAGAACUUGAAAAGGAAACCGAUUUUAUAAACGUAACAUUGCAAGGCUUGAUUAAGCUCUAUCCCGAACGCUUCAAAGACUUUCAAAAUAAUAUUAACUGCGCCAAGGAGUGGUCUAUAUUAUUAAACUUCUUAAAAAAUUUGCUGUCGUCUAAUUCUAACAAUACUAAAAAUGCUGUAAUAUUGAACUACCAAACUCUAUUGAAAGAAAUUAUAAAAAUUGAGAACGUUCCAUCAGAUAUAUUGAAAAAAUGCUGUGAAAUAUUUACUGAUUAUAACAUCACGUACAGUGAUAUAUCAAUCAGCGCUUCCAACAAAACAGAAUAUGACUGUAUAUGCGAAUUAAUCACUGGGUUCCCCUCCCUUUAUCAACUGAUAUCCAAAUACGAUGCGAUGACAGAUGAAUUUGUGGAAAAAGUUCUUCUUUUAUUUAAUUCUGCAAUAAAAUAUCCUCUUUUACCAGAGUUUGUGCAAGAUAAAACUAAACCUUCUUCUAUGCAAAAGGCCAUUUUAUCGGGGCUCGAUAUAUUUUCAACAGGGGAUUCUAAAGAUACCGAAAUAUUGAUUCUCCUUCAAUUGAGCACCAUUUCAAUAUUGGCUUUCGAUACAAGAGAAAAAAUUAUAAAGAAACUUGGACCAAAGUUGCCAAAGGCGUCACUUAACAGGUUGCCAACUUUUGAGGCAAUCAGCUAUUUAUCAUGUUCUAACUUGAGAAACAGAAUAGCAAAAAUAGACCAAUUUGGUAUAUCCACAUUAAAAGCAAAGCAUGUUUUAAGGAUAUUGAGGAAUUUGGCAGAAAUUAUCAAGCGAAAAUCACUUAUUGCAGGGUCAACUAACGAUGAGAUCCCCAUAUGGGUAGUUGCUUCCAACUGCUUCAGUGAUUUAUCCAACAAAAUAUUCAAAUCACUUCAACAAGAUUUAGGAAAUCCGUUAAAAGAUAACUUUUGUGAUUUAUUUAUAAGUGUUAUUGUUACUACAUUACAAAGAAUCAGCCCAGAACUCGAUAAUCUAACUGAGAUAGAUGAUUUGAAUGAGUAUUCAAAAUAUAGGGAGAUAUUGCUGGGAAAUAAAAUUAUUGAUCUAUUCAAUGAACGACAAUUAGAUAUUUUUAUUAGUGCCGUUUGGAACAGCUCAUUUUUGUAUGAAUUCGAUGAAUUAGAAGAUGCUUUAAUGAAAGAUUGUAGUACAUUCUCCGAAUUAUCAUUCAAACUAUCUUCAUUUAAUUUUUCAAGCUUGUUCGGGUCUACGACAAAUCCUCACUUUCUGACAAAAUAUAAGUGCUCUUUAGAGUGUUUACAAGAUUUGGUAAAUUUCAUGUUGAACCAAAACGAAAAACUAAGAGAGUUAACUGCUCCUUAUCUUUCUGCAAGAAUAGCCUUAGCCCUUAGAAGAUACAUUUCAGAUGAAUAUUUGAUUGGUCGAGCACCAAUACCGAAAUUGCGUAAAAAGGAACUAGCUACUUUAUUAAAUGGGUUAUGUGGAAUUUUAAGAGUUAUUUUGGACCAAAAUUCGAGCCUUGGUAACAAGCAAAUCGGAGUUCAAAAUUUACAAACGUUAAGUCCUUUGGUUUUAAGAACUAUUCCGGUAUCUCAUAAAAUGGAUGGAUUACAGGAUAAGGUUUUGGAACUAUCACUUGGCUUUACAAAACUAGACUAG